AUGGCGGACAUCGUGAAAGAGAUAUUGGCAAGACCAAUACAAUUAGCAGACCAGGUGAUAAAGUCUAUUGAUGAGGCACAGUCUUUCAAGCAAGAAUGUCAAGAAAUUAAAACCAAAACUGAGAAGCUCGCAAUACUUCUACGUCAAGCAGCUCGAGCAAGCAAUGACCUUUAUGAACGCCCAACGAGACGCAUCAUCGAUGACACAGAGCAAGUCCUCGAUAAAACCCUUAUUCUAGUCAUCAAAUGUCGAGCCACUGGGCUUAUGAAACGUAUGUUCACCAUCAUCCCCUCUGGUGCAUUUCGAAAAACGUCAAUGCAAUUGGAGAAUUCUAUAGGCGACGUUUCUUGGCUUCUGCGUGUCUCAGCUUCUGCGGAUGAUCGCGACGAUGAGUAUUUAGGCCUGCCUCCUAUUGCUGCAAAUGAACCAAUUCUUUGUCUUAUAUGGGAACAAGUUGCUAUACUUUUUACAGGUUCUUUAGAGGAGAGGUCAGAUGCUGCAGCUUCGUUGGUUUCGUUGGCUCGAGACAAUGAUCGGUAUGGAAAGUUGAUAAUAGAGGAAGGUGGAGUUCCUCCAUUGCUCAAGUUGGCAAAAGAAGGGAAAAUGGAGGGUCAGGAAAAUGCUGCUAGAGCCAUUGGAUUAUUGGGACGAGACCCAGAAAGCGUCGAACAGAUUGUGAAUGCUGGGGUUUGUACAGUGUUUGCAAAAAUCCUCAAAGAAGGACAUAUGAAAGUUCAAGCUGUUGUGGCUUGGGCUGUGUCUGAAUUGGCUGCAAAUCAUCCCAAAUGCCAAGACCAUUUUGCGCAAAACAAUAUAAUUCGGUUUCUUGUUAGUCAUCUUGCUUUUGAGACGAUUCAAGAACAUAGCAAGUAUGCAAUUGCAAGCAAGCAUAGUAUGUCAAUUCAUUCGGUUGUGAUGGCCAAUAAUGAACCAAAUCCACAUGAGAAAAAGGAAAAUGAAGAUGAAAACCUAAGAAUUUCUCAUCCAAUGAAUCAUAACAGUUCUAGCCAAAUGCAAAAUGUAGUGACCAACACUUUGGCAAUGAAGAAUAUAACUCCUAACACUACCAAGCAAAAGCAAGCACUAAGUCCCAGUAACAGUCAACCUCAUCAUCCAAACCCUGCAAGAGGUAACCAAAGCCAUUCAAAACGUCACCACCAUCAUGUUUUAACUGGAACAAGCAUCAAAGGUAGAGAAUUCGAAGACCCAGCUACAAAAGCAGAAAUGAAGGCCAUGGCAGCAAGAGCACUUUGGCAACUUUGCAAAGGAAAUGUCUCCAUAUGUCGAAGCAUAACGGAGUCACGAGCGCUUUUAUGCUUCGCAGUUUUGUUAGAAAAAGGCGUUGAUGAUAUUCAAUCCAAUUCAGCUAUGGCAUUAAUGGAAAUCACAGCAGUAGCUGAGCAAACUCCUGAAUUGAGACGCUCCGCUUUCAAGCCUACUUCCCCUACUGCCAAAGCAGUUGUGGAUCAACUCCUGAAAGUAAUUGAAAAGGCAGACUCAGACCUCCUCAUGCCUUGCAUCCGAGCAAUCGGUAACUUGGCGAGGACUUUUCGAGCAACAGAAACUAGAAUCAUUGGCCCUUUGGUGAAGUUGCUGGAUGAAAGGGAGCCUGAAAUUACAAUGGAAUCAGCAAUUGCUCUUAACAAGUUUGCUUGCACAGAAAAUUAUCUGUGUGUCAAUCAUUCAAAGGCUAUUAUAAAUGCAGGAGGUGCCAAGCACUUAAUUCAACUAGUUUACUUUGGGGAGCAAAUGGUUCAGAUUCCUUCAUUGAUCCUUGUAUGCUACAUUACAUUAAAUUGCCCUGACAGUGAGGUUCUUGCAAAUGAAGAGAUGCUUAUUGUAUUAGAAUGGUCAUCAAAGCAAGCACAUUUAGUGCAAGAUCCCACAAUUGAAUCUAUAUUGCCAGAUGCAAAGAGUAGAUUGGAACUUUAUCAGUCAAGAGGCUCAAGAGGAUUCCAUUAGUUCUUCUAACAUUGUACAACAAG